AUGUUGGAAGUUUGUCGUGUUUUGUCUUAUGUGGUAUGCUUAACUGUUUCGUUUUCUGUUAUUUUCUGCGACAUGUUGGCAGAACUAGAAGAAUUAGACAAGUCAAGAGCAUGGCCACGUUUGUUUCAAGUAAGAUGUCCUUGUUUGUUUCUUAAUUUUCGCGAAAACUUGAGCAUCCACCAGUGUCUAAUGCUUACUCGCUUGCUAGUUAACUGAUUGCUGUUGUGUUUGUUGUUUCUCUAUCGUUCCUUUUUUAUUUUAUCCGAUCAAGCGACUUAAUUGGGAAGCUAGUCAGAAAGCUGGAGCUGUGACAGCGGCAAAACUUCCGGAAAACAGACAACUUAAUCGCUACAGAGAUGUUUUGCCAUGUAAGUACUUUUUACUACAGUGUAUGUCUGUGGUGAAAUAUAUUGGACCCUCCCUUUCUGAUCACCAUUUCUUUUCGUUAAAUUUGGUGUUUUAGUCCUCAUAAACUUCUCCUCUGCUUAAGAUAAUCAAAACCGUAGCUGCAGGAAGUUAUUGAAGUCUAACUGCAGCCUCAGUGAUUAUGUAGUCUAUGUAGCUAGAGAAAACAUUUUUGGUGCAACUUCUUGCAUUUCUUUCCUCAAACUGCUUUAUAAAACAUAAGGUAAUGACGUUGUGUUCUCACAGUUUAUAUUCUGGGUGGCAUAUACGGUUCAGUGCAAGUUCACAAGUUCAAAACAAACACAAACUUGACACAUAAUUGCAAACCAUUGUACUGAUGUUGAGCAAUGACUAGAAAAUAAUAGGAUGAUAAAAUGUAGGCACAACUGCUCUUUAUAAAGCAUAUCAUGGUCAUAGCUAUCUAAUGAAAAUUACACAUUUGAUCAUUUUUGUAAUAAACAGUAACACAUAGGCCUGUUGGAUGUCCUGACAACUGCAGUACUUACUUACUUACUUACAGUUUAAUCCUUGUAGUCUUACAACUAUACAGGAUGCUAAACGGAUGUCAAUUAAAAUACAUUUUACAGGAUAUCGUAGUACACACUUACAAAUUUACGUAAUAUAUUACUUUUGCUGUUUAUUUCACAUGACUGUGCUUCAUUUGUGUCUUUUUUCCCCCUCCCCCCUACGUGUGCCCAUUCCGAGGGUUGUCGAGACUAUUUUUGAUGAAGGCAGAAACCAGCUAAUUGAUGUAGAUAAACAUUUACCCAUGUAAUUAUGUAUAUUUUUGGAGGUAAAUUUACCCGACCUUAAAAGUCUACCAAGGGUUAAUUUACCGUGAAUGAUUGAUUAAGCACCACUACUCGAUUAAGCACCGCCCUUGAAUAAGUGUGGCACCUUUACUGAAGAUAAUUUAAUAAUUGCCGCUCUCGAAUAAGCGCUGCGGCGCUAAUUUGGGUAUUUUCAAAUUAACGCCCCAUCUUUGCUAUGGCACUUGAUAUCGCUUGAGAAAUAAGACCUUGACCAUCUCGUGAGUUCUAAAGUUUCAAUGUAGGGAAACUCUUGAAACCAGGUUCAUAUAACAGUUCGAGGUGUACAUAUUUUAUACUUUUAGUAUAAAAUUGUGCACACCAAGUAUGCACCUCACUUAAUUCUCUCUAUAUUCCCCUCAGUGUUUUACCCAUAGUUGAAAUAAGCGCUGCUCAUCAAUAAGCGUCAGUCACAAAUAAGUGCUGCACCUAUAACAGGGAAAAUGAAAUUAUUGCCGUGGUGCUUAAGCGAUCAUUAACAGUAGUAAAACUUUUACCAGCAUAAUUUACAAGUUUAGCUAUUGUUUUCAGACUUUAAAACAGUGGCUACACUUGUAAAUUACACUUGAACCCAGAUUUUUCUGUAUCUGGUUUAAGGUGUCAAAUGUUCUAUCAUCCCAUCAGCAAGGCCAUUUAUAAAGUGUAUCGUUUGUCAUGGUGAUAUAUUUCAAUUUUUUGUUUCAGAUGACCACAGUCGGAUCAUUUUAAAGGAGCAAUCUCCAGACUACAUCAAUGCCAACCUUGUCGAAGUAGGACUUACAAUAUUGAAAAUUCAAUUCUGUUAGUUUGUUACCACCUUUCUUUUCACAGUCAAGAUAUUUUCAGCUUUUCCUUCAAGUCAGUAGUUAACUUAGUUUGUAUUUACAGGUUCCAAGGUUAAACCAAUCCUAUAUUCUUACUCAGGUAAGUGAAAAUAUAACUAUCUAGAAAUAAGACAGAUAAUACACAUGGUUAAUUAACAAUUAAUGAAUUAGGCUGAGUAUCUUAUGAAGAAUUAUGGAGAUUGAGGCGGAUAACACCCUCUGAGAUCUCCAUAAUUCUUCAUAUGAUACGAAAGCCGAAUUCAAUAAUUGUUUUAUUAUUCAUUCAAAAUAAUUGCUAGUUUAAAAACAUAGCUAUAACAAGCUUACCUGCAUCAAUGUUAAGUUUAUCUUCGAUAGUUUACGUUUAGGUUUGUCCAGCUCCGCAAACAUUCUCCAAAUAGCAGAUGUCGCCCUCCGAGUUGUCUUCUUUCUGUUUUUGCUAUGUUUUUAGCCAUUAUUUCGCCUAGUUCCAUCUGUAUUUCUUACUCUUGAAGCGAGUGAAGUGUCCGCCAUUUUAGUUUUUACAGCGAAAACAACUCAGUCUCGUCCCCAGGUCUUCUCGGUUAAUGGUGCAUUAACCUGUAGAAGGCUGCAUUUUUGACUUCAUUUCCUCGUUAAACUCAAAAUUCUUCAAAAUUUGGUCAUCAGUAGCUGGUUAUGGUGAAUUAUGCGUGUGCUUUUAGCCAAUCAAAAUUGGGAAAAUAUUUUGAAUGAAUAAUAAUUUAAAUUAUCCUUACUCUUCUUAAAAGGGAGUGGGGAAUUUGCAUUGUAUACUCCAACUUCCUCCUUUGAGCUUUUACAACACCAAUUGAAAGAAAUAGUAGCAAAUGUCGGAGGAAAUAAAACAAAAAUUGCCUCUAGUAUGUUUUUGAAUGUAGGCAAUCUUGAGUCAAGGUGACAAACGUUGCAUUAAAACACAUCUUUGUCAACUGGCUUUGAACUAAAUUACAUUUAUUCUGUUUAUAUUGCAUUGAGGUAACUCCAUUAUGGAUAAGUGAUGGAUGGUUUAUUGACUGUUUUUAUUGUGGAUCCAGGGACCCUUACCGCAUACCGUAGAACACUUCUGGCAGAUGAUAUGGGAGCAAAAGAGUGCAGCUGUUGUAAUGUUGAACAAGGUGGUUGAGAAAAAUCAGGUUAGUUUGUGUACGGUACAGCUGAACAUGACACAAGUGCUAUAAUUACAGUUCAGAUUGCUAUCCUCCAUAAAAGACUAACUAAGUGUAGUUAGUGUUAGUAGAUCUAAUGGCACAUCAAACGAAAAGCAGACAAACCUUUAUUUGAAUUGCGUUUUGGCACGUGAUGAUUUCCAUCUCAAACGGUCGUAAAUAUUCUUCGCUCUGAUUGGCUUGCUUGCGGACUUAGUUUUUGUAGAGACUGGAUUAGAUUACACGUACAAUCUUAUUGGUCAAAACAGGGACUAAGUUCGUGAAAAAAUAAUCUCAAAUAUAUCUAGAGUCUCAUUGGUUGAUUCAGGGACUAAGAUGCUAGAGAUCACAAGUACAUUUUUAAAUGGAAUUGUGUUUGGAACAUUAUUGUUGGAAAAGGCUUGGAAAAAAAACAUUAAUUGUUUUAAAAAAAUAUCUUUUUUGAACAUACAUAUACUUACAGUAACUUGUAGCUUUCAUGUUCCAAGUUGACCAGGCAUACCGUUAUUGUGGUCAACUUGGGACACAAAAGCUGCAAGUUACUCUAUGUGGAUGAUGAAAACAAGAAUUAUUUUAAAAUAUAUGCUCACUUGUUCCUUAAUCAACCAUUCAUAUAAAUUCCUUUUUGCUAUAUUACAGAAAAAGUGUUUCCAGUAUUGGCCUUGUGGGGAAGUAUAUGGUCAUGUUGAUCAAAUGGAGUUUGGAAAUUUUAGAAUCUAUUACAUUCAGGAAAAAGGGGACGAGUUCUUUACUAUCAGAACACUGGAACUAGAAAGUGUGCUGGUGAGUCUUUGUGAGCUACAUUCUUUUAUAGGACAUAAUGAACACAGUGACCAAUGUUAAAUUUGCAUUAAACCAUCAAUGAAAUCUUAUUUUCUGACAGUUUGUAACUAGGACAAAAUUUAUUCCUUGAGAUAUUUACUGACAUUUUACCUUUCCAAUAAUUUAUUUAUUUAUUUGUUUAUUUAUUUAUUUAUUUAUUACCAUUUAAUUUCAUCUUACAAAAAAUUUAAUAAGAAAACAAGAGAUUAAUUCCAAAGGGAUUGUCUGUAAAAAAGGCCAAAGUCCCCUUUUACAAGCAGAUCACUUUGCUAUAAAAAAGUUCUAAAUAACAAGAUCAUUGCCGGUAAAAAAAAAACAGUUCUAAUUUUUAAUCAUUAGGCAUAACAAAUAUAAAAAAAAUAUCUUAAAAUAAGCUUAUAUUUAGGUUUAGGAUAAAAUUGACCAAUUCAGUUAGUAUUCUUUGAGAGGUUUGUCACACCAUGCUUCUGAGAUAGUAACAAAGCAUGUGGAACAUUAAGGAUGGCAGGAUGAGAAGCACUAUAACCUGUGAUAUGUAGUGUUGAGUGCUUCAUGUCAGAGCUGCUACCUGCUGUAUGUUGCUGAUGUUUUCCUUUCUUUUUUUUUAUAGUCAGGAGAGAAACGUGUCAUAUAUCACUUUCAUUAUUUUACCUGGCCAGACUUUGGAGUGCCAACAUCACCUGCUACUUUUCUAGCAUUCCUUUUUGAAGUGCGCAAGGCAGGAGUGUUAUCAUCAGAUGUAGGGCCUUGUGUAAUUCACUGCAGGUGUGUUAGAAGGACUCAGCUUUUUAUCACGUAAUCAGCAGUUGAACUCUGUUGAUCAUUUUUAAAUCAGGGUGCCCUGAUAAUUUUGAAAAAAAGUAAAAAUUGUCUAUUUUACUGUAGCCUCGGCAAAUAUUUUCCUGGCAUUUCCCUGAAUUUUCUGCACAGAGGUGUUUAUAAAUUUUAGAGGAAUAUAUCCCUAUAUAUUUUUUAAGAUCAGACAAAACAAGUUCUUUAAAACUAAGUCAGUCUUGUGAAUAUACUGUAGUGUGCAAAUUUAUGAUCUUGGAAAGUAGGCAAUAUAAAUCUAAGUGAAUAUUAUCUGUAAUUUUGGAAUGGAUAAAUGAAAUGACACUAGUAAAACUUAAAGCUGGUUUUGUACUGCACAUCUCUCACUGUGCAUAAUGAGAUGGCCGCCAUGAUAAAGAGCAUCUGAAGUAAUAUUAUUAAAGUGAAACGCUAUUGGAAUUUUCGCUUCGGUUGUUUCUUGGCAAGAUGAGACUGAAUGUGUUGGGAAUGUGCACAAAAUAAGCAGUAUGCGUGUUGCUGAGUUCGACUUCUUCUCGGAGAACUUCCAUAGUGGAUGUUAAACUUGUGCUAACUCACUUUGAUUUUUAUUUAAGCCCCAUCUUAAUCAGAUUGCAUCCUAACUGUGAUAUCUCAAUGUAAAUUCUCUAAAAACGGAUUUUUUGAUGUUUUUUUCUCCCUUCCACAUACAUCUCAUUUUGAAACCCGUCCCAAUCCUCUCUCAAAAAUCGGAGGAAAUGUGUUUCGUGCACACUUUCUACCGUAAAAACGAGUACGUUGACCCCCAUUUUUUAUUUCAUGAUUUUAAUAAGAACAGUGCUUCCUUUCAAUGAGAAAAAAUUUGGCAUGAAUCUGUGUAAAGUUUUUUGACAAUUUUACCGAAUUUUUUUUAUGUAUGGAUUGAGCUAUAAUGGGUCAAAUAGCUCGUGUCCAAAUUAAGUCUACUUUGGAGAGUAAAAUAAAAACAAGGGCAUUAAAAGGCAUUUUUCUGGUAUGUAGGUGGAUAAACAAUACGUUUAAGUCAAAUUCUGUGCGAUACCACAUGCAUCAUUGAAAAAACCUCUCCUUUUUGUCUAGUUUUGGGCUGUGCUUGGUUUUUGCCAAAGGGUAUAGCCGUAUUUGUCAACAUUGUGACAUCAGAACAAGGGCAGGGACCCCCACUUUUUAUUACAUUUUUCUCAUCUACUUGACAUGUUACAUCAGUGUACCAAGUGUCAUGUUUAAUCUACGCUAGGUUCUUUUACUAAGGAAUCACCUUAAAGCAGAUCUUUCCUGACUGAACUUUCAAGUGAAACCACUUUUAAUGUGGAUGGUACUGGGACUUGGAUGCACGACUACUGGUGCAGAGAGACGAUUCAACUUUGGCCACCAAGUUCUCAGAUCAUGUCCAUCCAGGAAAACCAUUAGAAUUUUCACAAUUUCUACUACACAAAGAUAACCUGUUUUUCUAACACAAACCAGCCAAAAAAGUACAACAAAAUUAUUCUCUCUGCUAAUGCCAGAUCAUUCGUGAAUAUGUUCAAGAAAACUGCACAAGGAAUUUAGUGGUGUCUACUUGUGCUGAGUCCAACAGGCAAUCAGAUCCUUUGCCAUUGUUCUAACAGCCAUUUGGUGUUGUGGCCAAAAUCAGAUCCCAGCAGCAGCACAAAAAUAGAAGACUUUGUUUCAAGCCCAAUUUUGGUGUGACAACAAAAUAGCUGAAAAUGUAUGAAAACUGCUUAAGUUGAGCCUGAUCUCAGUUUAGUCUGAAACUUAAUAGGUUCACCUGUCUAUAUGAUUGUAUUAAAUGUUUUUUCAUUUUGUUGCACUAACUGUUUAUCUUUACAUUUAGUGCUGGAAUUGGGAGGUCAGGAACAUUUGUCAUGGUGGACUCCAUUUUAAAGGAGGUAGCUAUAGAUAAUAUUAAGUUUUUGCAUCAUUGGAAAUUUAAAAUGUUAUUAUACAAAAAUGCUUUCUCUAUCAGAUUUUUGUUUCUAGCUUUUAAAGGAAAGCACAAUGUGACUUGCAGACAGAGUCAAGUUUACCAUUGUCCUUAAAGUUGAUUAAGUAAUUAAAAUUAGUUAAUUAAUUAAUUAGCAACAGGAUGAUGGUGAGGAGGAGGAUUUGGUUAACUUAAAUAAGAGCAAUUCCAAACUUUCUAAUCUUAUUGAAUAUAUAUACCUGCAAUUCUGUGCAUUUGUUGGGCAGAUUGAAUAUGCAGAAGAUAUGGAUCAGAUCAGCAUCACUGAUGUGUUGUUAGAAGUGCGUCAGUACAGAGCAGGUCUUAUCCAAACACCAGAUCAGCUGCGCUUUACAUAUCUGGCAAUUCUAGAGGGUGCAAGGGUUCUGAUGCCUGAAAUAUUUAAGAGAGCUGUGAAUCGCCACUUACAGAGCAGUGCCGCUGGUAUGUUUUAAUAGUCAUUAUGAAAUUGUAAAUGUGGUCUUUCUCUUUGCAAGUUGGUUAGAACAUCAGAUUGUAAAAUGAUUUAUGUUGAAUGAUUCAUUUUCCAUCUCCAAUUUACUUUGGCUGAUCAGUGAAAACCAAAAAAUUAUGAAAAUUUUAAGAGAGUUUUUCUUGUGUAAGCAUGAUAAGUAUUUAUCCAGAAGUUUAUGGCCAUGAGCUGGUUGAAUCAUUUACUUUGUUUUUAGGGGAAAAUGAAAGUCAUGAAGAGACUGUAGAGCAGAACAGUCGAGCAUCUAUAAACCAAGAGGAUUCUGGAGAGGAGACGCCUCCUCCCUUGCCACCACGUCGCAGGCUUGAGGCUGCUGCUGCAGAUGAACCAGAAACAAAGAGAAGCCGUCCAGUUGAGCAUGGUAUGUCAAAAACUGUGGCAUCCACCCAGAAAAUGGACAAACGCAAGAACAAGUCACAAAGUUUAUUCCAUUACUUGAAAAGAAAGAGGAAGAUGAAGGCAGAUAGUAAAGCUGAUAGACAGAUGACCAGAAAUUGUCAGGGUAGUUGUUGAAAUAUUCAAUUAUAAAUGUGCAGCUGAUGAAAACAAUCAGCUAAAUAUAUCAAUAUUAUUUUAUAUUACCAGUAAUUAGAAAAAAUAUAUAUAUAUUUGUAAUGUACACUAGUAUAAAUUAUGAUGAUUGCUUCACAAAAAGCAUGAAACUGUGAGUAGCAAUUAAUGUUCAAGACCAUUGGCUCUGCUCCAACAGUCUAUUUUUUAUGGUCCCCAACAUGAUCAAUGGCAAUUGGCCUCCCACUCUAGGGUGAGUCUGUCCAUUAGCUAACUAACCAUUUGUCAUUGACUGUGACAGGCAAACCAGACACUAAUGGAAAACCAUAUGAACAGCAAAAAAUAUUUAAUGAAAUGGUGAAAGGUUAACAAACCGUUUUCAAGACAUUGGGAUAAUAAUUACUGUUUGGCUGACUGUUUGAACAGAGUGACUCACUCUCUGAACUGUUUGGUUACUGAACUGCUCAAAUGGUUCAGUCAGCCAUUCAAACAGAUGAGUAAAACAUUCAAACAUAUUGCAAAUGCUGCCUAUCAGAACUGAUGGAUGUUUGGAAGUGUUCAAAUUGACAAUUAACAGUUAUCCCCUUGAAACAGAUAUUUAGCCUUUCAUGGUCAUGCUCACCAUAAUAAUAAUAAUAAUAAUAAUAAUAAUAAUAAUAAUAAUAAUAAUAAUAAUAAUAAUAGUGAUAAUGAUAAUAAUGAUGAUAAUGAUGUAUUAUAACAAUGAUAAUAAUAAUAAUAUUAAUUGCUUACCUGAGACAAAUUAACAUAAUUAUUAUUAUGCAUGUGACUGGACAAUUAAUUGGCAUUAGUUUUGCCACAAGUGUCUCGGCAGAUAGAUUGUGCAGGCACAGGUUCUGGAAAAAUCCCAUUAGAAAUAAUAUUUUGUAACUCUAUUUUUUACCCACACUUGCUACUGACAUCUUUCUCAUUUCUCUUCUGAGCUCAAAAUGUGCAAGGCUGUCUUCCACAGAGACUCCACUUGUGCAACAUUUAUAGCUUUGGGUCUGGUUAGUUUCAGAGAUGUUUAUCAAAAUCCUGCAUAAUUUUUGCAGUGCUGCACACCCUGACAUUUUGCAUCUUUAGAUUAUCUACUUAAGUUAAAGAAACUGAGUUAUUUUCCUUGUGUCCAUAUUAGUGCACCAUUGUCUAUUAUGGGAUAUUUAUCUCCUCAAAAUAUGCUGGAGCUUGUUAACAAAACUAACAUCAGUUUUGCUUAAAUAAGGCUUGGUCAGCCAUGCUUUUUUACAUAUUAAAUUUAUAGCUUCUGAGUGCAGAUGAUCAAUACUUAAAGCUAAUUACAGUUUGUUGUGGGUAAUGUUACAGAGCCAGAACCUGAAAAAGAAGUAUUUUCAGACAGCAGUGAUGGUUCAGAUGAAAUCAUUGACUUAUCUUCGAUAUCAGACUCAGAACCUGAAGAAGAGUCUGUCAAGGUCAAUGAAGAAGAUGUUGACAGUAAACUUGAGGAGCCUGCAGCCCAUGAACCUAGCAGUAAAGAGCUUGAGGUAACAUAGCGGUACUCAGUACUUACAUGUUUAGUUUUUGGGAUUCAUGUUGGCCAAGUGGUUAACUCAUGGUCAAACUAAGGACCGGUAGAUCUGAGUUUGAUCCUUGCAAGUUUGUUGUUUCCUUUUACAUACAAGAAUUUCUGUUGCAAUUUAUCCCUGUUUGCCACAGUAUACAAAUCAAUGGGAACCAGGAUAAUACUAGUACUCUAAUUGGACUAAGUCCUGGGAAAAGAUCAGGCUAUUAGUGAAGCAAGCUGGUCAUUGGCUUGUUGUGCAACUUAACCACUAAAUCAUUUCCCCUUUGUUGUUAAAAGACGUGACUAAAUGAUGUUGGUUGGAAUAUGAAAGUGAAAGAGACCUUUAGAUUCAAGAACGAGGAUGGCUACAAGGACAAAACAAGACUUAAUUUUUUUGCCUAAUUCUCCAAAAAUAGGCACCCGAGAAAGAUUUAUUUUACUGUUUUCCCUAGAAAAAUUAAAACUAUUUAUUUUUAUUGCAGGAGGUUAAGCCCUGCUCUAGGUUGCCAAAUGAUAAAACUUUUAACAUUUGAAAACUUGUUUCCAUCACUAUGACAUUUCGCUAAAACCUGUAGUAGAAUAACAGCGGCAGUCUCCUUUUCCUUCAAAGAAAGAAAAGGGAAGCUAAGAGUUGUAAUAUUAUGGUAUUUAAAAUUAAUGGCUGAUGCAGGUAUUUAAUCCGCUGACCCCUUUAACUAUGCAGCUUCUUUUUUCCUAGAAAGAAAAUGAAGGAGAAAAGUCACUUCAACAAACAGAUCAGACUGAAAAAGAUAAACAGCAAGAUGAUGAAGGACUUCAACAGACAGAGCAGGCAUUUCAAGAAACAGAAACAAAUGAAGUUUUACAGCAUUCAGAUGAAGGGGAAACAAAGGAAAAAGACAGGUGAUUAAAGAAAAUGCUGUCUGUAAUUUUUUUUAGAAAAUUUGCUGUUGUGUUAACUCGAUUUUAGUGGAAUAUAUGGACUCAGCUUUCACAUGUUCUCCUUACCCCCCCUUUUGUUUAUCGCAUGUUUGCCUUAUAUUGACACUUUUCUGCAAACAUCUGGAAAAGGUUUGCCUGAACAUUGAAACUGAGGACUGACUCAGUUUGUUAGUGUACAUGUGAUAGGUUAUGAGCUCAAUUCCCAGUCCUGACCUUAUAUACUUUUUUGACUUCUUUUCUUUCUGUGUAACUUCAAGUAACAUUAAAUACCUGUAAAACUGAGCAGUGAUGGAGUCUGUGUUGCAGACGUAGUCUUACCCUGGUUUAUAACAUCCAUGUAGCAGCACCAAGAUCCUUAUUCUGAGUCCUUGGUGGAGUCAAUAAAAUACUGAAAGUGUGUUUCAAAUUUCCCUUCAACCUGAUUGGCAAAUGGACAAGGUUUUUUUAACAGGCCAAUCAUGGGGCAUACUCAAAUCCUGGUACGCAGGUGGGGGCCAGAACAAGGAUAUUGGCAUUGUUUCAUAGACAGACCUAACCAUAGGUUUAGUUUUGUCUGUGGCGCAGGUUUAUGGAGAGAGGAAAUAAAAUAAGUGCAGUGUCAGCCUCAAGGCUCUUAGUCAGAUAAUGACUAUUUUGAGGUACCAGGAUAGAAUAAGCUCUCUUUACCUUUACUUAAAUAAAGACAAGAAUCUUUGUAUUGCCCUCUUAACAGUGCAACAGAACUACGCAGACGAAAGAGGGAAGAAAGAAAGCAAAAAAUAACAGGCCUUGUAGAAAAUAUAAAGAAAAAUGUGAAACGAGAGGAAGAUGCAAAGGUUUGGAAAUCAAGACUGAAGAGGACUUUGAUUGCUGUGGCAGUGUGUUCAAUGGUGUAUGUUACAUUUAAAUACUUGACUUCUUGAUCAUCAGAGUACCUUGAGUGAAGUCAUGUUGCCAGUUCAGAGCCAAAUUCAACUGAACAGUAAUUUUUAUAUACAAUAAGUUGAGCCCUGCCCACAAUAGACAAUGCAGUUCCGUGGAAUAAUUCUUUAUUACAAAGAUCACAGUAUGAUUAUUGAAACAAACACUUUUUAGCAAUAUGUUACUUCAGAGUUCCACAGUCCAGGACUCAUGACUUCUCACAUGUACAUUUUUGUAUAUCUGGAAAUCAAUUCAGAUUCAAUUUUAAAGCUGUUCCUGUUUUUACUAUUAAUUAGUAUAAAUUUGUACAGAUUUGAAGGUGUUGUUAAAAGGAAUAUUUAAAUCAUCAAUUAUGCAUGUUUUGAGCAAAAAUGUUUAAGUUUUGGGUUGUUGAUGCCAGAGUUUGGUAGAUUUUCUGAAGUUUCUUUGCUAACACAACGUCCUGACUUAUGAGAAGGAAAGUCAACUUGUGCUAAGUUCAAGGAACUGGUGGAACAUGAGGUUAUGAUGUUCAUAGCAAAACAAGUUACCUUUAUUUUUAUACUGUUUUAAAUAACACUUUGUGUCUCAAUAAAGGUGCAAGAUGAUUUUGUUUUAAAUCUUCUCUUUU